AUGCAGGAGUUCAAGAACACAUUCACAGAUUGGAGCGUACAAGUGGCAAGUAAAAAAAGGAUUGGAGGUCGACACCAGGGGCCAAGGGUAGGUGUUAGUAACAGUGGAGAAAGGGGCAUAACUGAUGGAGAAGGUGGCAGAGCUAAUGUCAAAGGACCACAUGUGGGCGAGGAGAGCGCCAAAAGGCCAACGAGCGGGGCAAUUGGGGCCUAUAUCAUCGUAUACGGCCUGAAAUAUGCUCAUUCAGGCCGUUUAAGGGAGCUAAUUGGGGCCGGUUACGAUGGGAUCCAGUGGAAUCCAGCAUUCACUCGCGGUCGACCCCAUGCAUAA